UGGGGAUAUUAUUGGUAGUGAAUAUGAUUAUAUUGUUGCUUAAAGGUUGCAAUGGUUGGGCUUGUUAUCUCUCUCUCCUUUAUCCUGUGUCAGUGUAUAGAGUGAGAGAAAGAGAGGAACAAGUCAUAUCUCAAAGGAAUUCCAUCCCCAUGCCAUGCUCCACUUUCAUCUCCGCUGCUUAUUAACAUAACCUAUUCCUUUUCUUUCUUCUUUUCUAAUUUAUUUAUAUUAAAAAAAGAAGAAAGAAAGAAAGGUAAACCCCACACAUAUUUUAUUUUAUUUUUCUUUUUUUCAUAAUAUGAGUGAGAAAACGAUCAUGGAGCCUGACCACCAUCAAAAUGGGAUCCGCACCAGACCUAAUUUUCCACUCCAACUCUUAGACAAUAAGAAAGAUGACGGUCGCGGCCGACGGAUCCGUAUGCCGGCUGCAGCCGCUGCCAGGGUGUUCCAGCUGACGCGGGAGCUUGGCCACAAGUCUGACGGGGAGACCAUCGAGUGGCUCCUCCAACAGGCUGAGCCCUCCGUCAUCGCGGCCACCGGAACCGGUACUAUCCCUGCAAACUUCACUUCCCUCAACAUCACGCUUAGAAGCUCAGGAUCCACCAUCUCUUCCCCCUCUCACUACUUCAGAGGCGCCACCGCCACCGCUACACCGUACCUUAGCCACGCAGCCAGCUUCUCCGCCGCUAGGAGCCGCAGCGAAUGGGUGAGGAACGUGGCGGUGGAAGAUUAUUCUAGAAGAGUCAUGUUCUCCGGCAGUGACAAUAGUAAUAAUAAUAACAACAACAACUCUGCUGCUGCUGCUACUACUGUCUUGAAUUUCAACAACGCUGUUAAUGAUAUUAUGCAAAGCAAGCAAGAGGCUCGGGAAGAGCCCUGUAGCGGUGACGGUGGCGGCGGAGGAGAUGCUUUGGGGAGGAAGAGAAGGCAAGAGGAGGUGUUCUCACAGCACCAGGGUACUCAGAUGAUGGGUAGCUACUUGUUACAGUCGAGUUCAGGGUCAAUUCCGGCGACUCAUGCUUCUAUUCCGGCGACUUUUUGGAUGAUGGGCGGCGGUGGAGUUGGUGGUGGCAGUGGUAAUAAUGGCGGUGACCCAAUUUGGGCAAUUCCAACCGUUGGUAACAAUAGUAGCAUGUAUAAAGGGGCUAUGUCUGGUGGCAGCGGCGGCAACGGUGCCGGCGGCAUUCAUUUCAUGAAUUUUGCUUCUCCAAUGGCUCUAUUGCAAGCUCAACAACUAGGAGGAGGAGGAGGCGGCGGCGGCAGUGCAGUGCUGAGUGAAAGUAACCUGGGAAUGCUUGCAGCUCUUAAUGCAUACAGGCCUAUUAUGGCUAACGGCAGCGGCGGCCAACACUCACCCCAUGGAGAUGGAGGAGAUCAAGAAAGUCAACCCUGAGGAUCAAAGCAAGCACAAGUUUAGUUGCUUAGCGAGUUGAAUGUUCUCGGUUUUGGUGUGAUUUUGCUGAGGAUCCAUGUAUGUUAGUUAGGGUUUGAGAAGAAAGCACACAUAUUUAUAUACAUAUAUAUGUUUUUACCAUGGCAAUCAAUUCUGAUCUUCGACUA